CACCACUCCAAAGAUAACGAAUAAGAAGACUCAUGGAUUGGAAGUGACCCCCUCCAGAUGAGUUGAGAGAGGCAGAAGAAAAGCAUGGCUUCAUUAUUAUUUCAUCUUCUUCUCUUCUUCAUCUUCCUCUGCAGUAUUCCUGCCGAAUCUGCAGAUCCCUUGGGCGACUUUUGUAACAACAAUAUCAACAGAAGUAGCAGCCAAAUAUCAGAAAACAUUGAUGGCUUGCUGCCUCUCUUAGUUCAGGGAACCAUCCUAAAUGGUUAUACUGCCACCUCUUACGGCAAAGCCAAAGACCAAGUGUAUGGCCUGGCACAAUGCAGAGCAGAUGUGAGCGGCAAAGACUGCUCCAGUUGCAUCCAAGAUGCAGCAAAGGAGAUCACCAACCGCUGCACUGACCAAGCCGAUGCCAGGAUUUGGUAUGACUUUUGCUUCCUGAGGUAUGACAUAAAGAACUUCUUUGGCAAAGUUGAUGUAUCUAUUGGCAUUUUCUAUUACAACGUUGAGAAUGUUACUGAUCCAGAGACUUUCAACAAACAACUCGGUGCCCUCAUGGAUCAGAUUACUUCACAGGCUGCUGUGCCUGGGAACAAGGGGAAUGGGAGGGGGAAAACUAAAUUGUCACCUUUUCUAACACUUUAUGCUCUAGUUCAGUGCACAAGGGAUCUGCCGCAGCUACCCUGCUCUCAGUGCCUGGCCAUAGCCAUUGGCAACUUCCCGAGCUUCUGUGACAACAGAAAGGGCUGCCGGGUUCUAUACAGCAGCUGUUAUGUCCGAUAUGAACUAUAUCCAUUUUACUUCCCUCUUGAUUCGGGAGAAGACUUGACAAAUACUUCAAUGACCUCAUAUGUUUCUGUUGUUUCUAAACCUUAGUCUCACAUGCAUAUCUAGUCUUCCAGGACAGAUGAAUUUUACAUAUCAAAAGAAACACAGAGCUUCUGAAUAAUUUGAUUUCAGUAUGAAGUUUCUGCCUUUGGUAUUAUUCUUCGUAUUUACAUGUUAAUCAGAUAUACAUUUAUCUUGAAAAGUUGCCUCUUCAAGAAGCAUUAGCCUGCCAUGUAUCUAAUUUGCAUACCUCAUUAGAUCACUCAAAAU